AUGGAAAAAAUAGAAGAUCCUUUUUUUGAAGCAAAAGAGCAAAUAACAUUUCAGUUUUCAGAAGCACGUUAUUUGUAUGAUUUAUACGUUAAAACGGCGAGAGAAGGGAAUAUUGGGACAUCGAGUACAUUAUUGGAUAUUUCGAAUGAAUUAUGGAAGAUCAUUAAUGAAAUUGAUGAUUGUUUAAUAGAUCUGGAGGAGGUUGUGUUUGCAGUUGAAAGACAGCCUGAAAAAUAUAAGAUUUCGGAUGAGGAGGCAUCUGAGCGACGUUUAUUUGUCAAUCGAGCUAGAAAUGAUUUGGAACAGAUGCAAAAGGAUAUGAGUGAGCCAGUAGAAGAUGUUUGUUGUAGAAGAGAAGAAAAACUUUUAAAACAAACAGUACAUGAUGAAGAAUCAUUAGAUAAUUCUUUAGCUAUGAGUCCUAAGUUGGCAUUAAAAUAUCAAAAGUUGCUUGAAGAUGAACAAGAUACUCAAUUAGAUUAUGUAUUUGGAACCGUACAGAAUUUAAGAGAACAAGCAUCAAUUAUGGGUAGAGAAUUGGAGGAACAAUUUGAAUUGAUCGAAGAAGUUGAUACGCGAAUAGAAAGAACAGGUGAAAAAUUAAAACGAGGAUUUAGAAAUAUGAAAUGGGUAAUUAAGAAAAAUGAAGGUAAAUUUCUUUCAAAAGUAUUAGAAAAUAAUCUUUCUAAGACAAAAUAUCUUCCUAUUUUAUAG